UCCUCCGCGGGCUGUUGGUGUCGGAGGUCGGAUCUGCAGGUUGGCGCAGCCCGGUGGAGCCGUUUCCCUUCAGUGUGGCGUUCACGGAACCUCUGCGUGUUGUCUCUGGAGGACAUAGCGUCCCUCUCCCGACAUCCUUCGAAUGAUGGAUGCCGGGAGAGAGACGCUGUAUCCUCCAGAAACGGUCCCCGGCAGAGAGGCGGCUCCUGCCGGAUAGAGCUCCCCGGCAGAGAGGCGGCUCCUGCCGGAUAGAGCUCCCCGGCAGAGAGGCGGCUGUGGUCGGACGGAGUGUGCGCAUCUGAGCGGUUAAUAAUUGACGUGCAUGAGAAAAGAGGGCAAAUAUCCCCGAGUCUGUGGCAAUAAAGGUAAUAAAGAUGAAGGCAGGGAAGUGAAGGAGGGAGAAAUGUGAGCAGAGGUUGGGACCAGUGACGUGGUGGAAGCAGUAAAACAUCUCAGUAGAUUCCUGCAGCUCCAUGUUCAGGACGUCUGACUGCUGUCCUCAGAGAUAAGUGUGAUCCGAUCAAUGUGUCCUUGUUUUGCUGUUUUUUAUGAGUAGCCAGGAUGUCUUCUCCUCCUCUGGACUUUAAAUGCUCCUGUCCCUCUGAAUGAAGGACCAGUUGGCUUUUAGGACACCUCAAGGAAACUUCAUUUAUGGGAUGUACUUCCAAAGACGGGAAUCUCUGGAAUAUCUGACCUGAAGCCGUUUCCAUUUGGAUUUAUCUCAUUAUUUAACCGUUUUUAUUGCUGAACUUGGCAGCUUAGAUAUGGCACUUUAUGUAGAAGGGCUGAGUAGAGGAGUGGCCAGCAGAGGGAUGGCUCAGUUCCAGGAGAUGAUGCGGCAGCAGCUGGAGAGCUCCAUGCACGCCGAGCUGGAGAAGCUGCUGGACACCAGCACCGGGGCUGAGAGAGAGGUGUCCAAGAAAGAUUUCGAGGGCUUCAAGAAUAUUUUCCACAGAUUUCUGCAGGUGAAGGGGCCGUCGGUGGAGUGGAUCAAGAUCCAGAGACCUCCAGAAGACUCAAUCCAGCCGUACGAUAAGAUCGCCGCUCGAGGCCUUCCUGACAACGUGGCCGACAGCUUGAACAAACUGGUGGUGGUGAAGCUGAAUGGAGGUCUGGGCACCAGCAUGGGAUGUAAGGGCCCCAAGAGCCUGAUCAGCGUCCGCAACGAGAACACCUUCCUGGACCUGACCGUGCAGCAGAUAGAGCACCUGAACAAGACGUACAACACCGACGUCCCUCUGGUCCUCAUGAACUCUUUCAACACAGACGAAGACACGAAGAAAAUCCUGCAGAAGUACACACACCACCGGGUCAAGAUACACACCUUUAACCAGAGCAGGUAUCCUCGCAUCAACAAAGAGUCCCUCCUCCCGGUGUCCACCAGCCUGAGCAUGACCGGCCAGAGCUCAGAGGGCUGGUACCCUCCCGGACACGGUGACAUCUACGCCAGCUUCCACAACUCCGGCCUGCUGGACCAGCUGAUCGCUCAGGGCAAAGAGUACAUCUUCGUGUCCAACAUCGACAACCUGGGAGCCACCGUGGACCUCCACAUCCUGCACCACCUGGUCAGCCAGCCCAACGGAAAACGCUGCGAGUUCGUCAUGGAGGUGACGGAUAAGACGCGAGCCGACGUGAAGGGCGGCACUCUGAUCCAGUAUGAAGGGAAGCUGCGUCUGCUGGAGAUCGCCCAGGUGCCCAAAGCACACGUGGACGAAUUCAAAUCGGUCUCCAAGUUCAAGAUCUUCAACACCAACAACUUGUGGAUCUCUCUGGCUGCCAUCAAGAGGCUGCAGGAGCAGAAGGCCAUCGACAUGGAGAUCAUCGUCAACCCCAAGACUCUGGACGGCGGGCAGAACGUCGUCCAGCUGGAGACGGCGGUCGGCGCCGCCAUCAAAAGCUUCGACAACGCUCUGGGAAUCAACGUUCCUCGCAGCCGCUUCCUGCCGGUGAAGACCACGUCAGACCUGCUGCUGGUCAUGUCCAACCUGUACAGCCUGGACGCCGGCUCCCUCACCAUGAGCCCGAAGAGAGAGUUCCCAACGACGCCUCACGUCAAGCUGGGCAGCUCCUUCACCAAGGUCCAGGAGUAUCUGACCCGCUUUGAGAGCAUCCCUGACAUGCUGGAGCUCGACCACCUCACCGUGUCUGGAGACGUCACCUUCGGAAAAAACGUGUCUCUGAAGGGCACCGUCAUCAUCAUCGCCAACCACGGGGAUCGGAUUGAUAUUCCAGCUGGCUCCAUGCUGGAAAACAAAAUCGUAUCCGGAAACCUGCGCAUCCUGGACCACUGAGGCCUUUCCCCGCCCCGCCCCCAUCAUGUGACCCAGCUGGCUCUAUCCCGAUCAUGUGACCCGUUUCCACGUUUACCCACAGAUUGUGACAGGAAGUGACUUUUCCCUGGAAGGCUGAGUGUGAUUGCAUGUGCAGUGCUCCUCUGCAGCCUGGGAUAUAGCGCCCUCUACAGGCUAUUUAUCAGAAAACCUUCUGAAGCAUUGAUGAUGGGCGUCACUUCAAACUAAACUUUAUCAACAUUAGAGUGAAAAACAACUAAUUAGAUUCUCAGUGUAGUGACAUAAAAUAGACUUAAACUAGUCAGAGGGACUACAAUAAUAUGAAUAAUAUAAAUAGGAUACUAAUGAGACUAUUUAGAUUUGAUUCCGAUCCCUUUGAGCUCUGCUAAUGCAAUCACACCGUGUACUAACACAGAGAGGUACCGCCAUGGAAGUUCUGAGCGUUUAUUUCAAGCACAAAGACGUCACUGCAGCGUUCUGACGUGGUUCCACAGUUCAGGUACCAACAAAGCACUUCUGUAUGUAAUAUACAACUAGAUUCUGGUCAGUUCUGCACCAUCUGCUGUAUUUAUCUGGAGCUGGAGUCCAGCAGAUCGCAUGUUGCUUUUCUAGUACAAAACGCAGACAAAGGUUGUGUGAAAAUAUUAAAAAAUAAAAUGAUGGACUUGUAAAAUAGUCCUUAAAAGGGUCACGUACCUCAGAUGAUGUUAUUGUCUCACCAGAAAUGGAACAAUGACUAAACUUCUCUCCAUUUCAGUUCAUUUGUUAAACAACACAGAGCUUUAGUACUGAACGUUCAUCCUCCUUCUGUUUUCUGGAGUAGCAGCUAAAGACUCUGCUGUGUUCACCAGCGUGUCACUAACUUCACAUCCAUCCACAACUUUCACACUUCAUGGAGGUGAAAUAUUGAUCAAGUGCAGCAAAGUAUGAACACACGGAGUGAACAAAUGCAGACAUAAAUAACUCAUGUGACUCAGACUGAAGCUUCAACACCACUGCAGACACUAAAACACAUCAGAUCUGAGAUUAUUCAAACAUAACGGCCUUAUUUCCACAUGCUUUUCACUGGUUGGAGCUCUCCCUGGUGCUGUUAUCUCCUGUAGCAGUUUAACAGCAUCCAGCCAGCUGGUCUAGAUACGAGUAUUAAUGCUAAUGGAUGGAAACACACACAUAUAUGACGAAAAGUUGACACACGUCUGACUGUUUUAUGAUUCUAGACAGCAGAGCAGUGAGCCAGAAGAUGCUGAAAACCUCAGUAGAGUUGAGGUUAGUGAAUAAUUCUCUGUUUAGCUUUCACUCUGAGCCAGUCAUUAGAUCUGUUCAUAUAAAAUAGUGCAGUUUUAAAGUCAAAGCAGGAUAGCAGCAGAACAUCAUGAAUCUGUGGAACCAUUAGUCCUGAAGUGAAGUCUGUGCUCACAAAUAAAGUGGUAACUUCCUUCUAAACUGUGACAGAACACUUCCAAACCAACCCGGCCUCGACUAAAAGCUCAUAGGAGUUUGUGCCAUAGAGCAGAACGUUUCCCCACGUGAUGCCUGAACAAGUCGUGUCUUUGUUCUGCCGUCGACCUUCUCAUGAUGUUCAAGGUCCAUAUCCACCAUUACUAUGCCAUGAAAUUACGUGUAAGUAUAUCAUUCUAAGGUGAAGGCCUUUAUUUGUCCCUAUGUGAGGAAGAUGAUGAAAAAUAUCACAAAGUCGUGCAUUAUUUCUGUUUGUUUGUUUGCUCAUAUUUCCACCUCCGGGCGUCUCUCGUCUGUCCGUCAUAUCCAGCGUUUUCUCUCCAGAGCAGGAGCUGCAGUAUUUCCUGUUUUACACACAAAGAAAGAGAGACAGAUUCAUUUACAGAACAGGUACUCAGCGUUUCAGUGUGAGAAUACUUGAGAUGGAUCCGACUCAUGGACCGGGAUCCUGAAAGCAAUAAGUGUUGAUCUGUGACGAGGUCUCAGCCCAGAUCUGCCUCAGAGCUGAAUAAAGUGCAAUAUGAAAUACUGA